GUGAAGAGUGUCUGUAAAAGGGAUACACUGCUACAAAAUACGGUAUUCUGCAAGCACAAUCAGGGCGGUGAGUUGAAGUUUGACUGUCGCCGCUUGGCAUCAUCAGUGACAUCAAUUCCCAGCAGCUUCUGACCUCCGCAUCUGCUCCCGCAUCUUAGGAGAAGCCAGUGAGCUGCUUCAGAAUCCAAUGCACACAACAUAUGCUCGCCCGGGCGGCACGCCGAGCCACGGCCGGCGCGGAUCCCAUCUUCCCCUAUGGAAGCGCUGGACACCCAGUUUGGCGGGGCUAUUGGUGCUCAUUUCUUUGUUGGCGCUGGCACCCAUUGUCCUGUUGAUGGUGCGCCUGGGGGGACCCGGAAGCAACCCCAGAACUGUUUCCCUGACCACCUGUCAGAAGAUACUCUCCCCCCCGCUCGUCUGUGCUCAUGGAGGAGACACUUCCGCCGCUCCACCAAAUACUCACGCCGCAUACAUGUUGGCACUUGAGGCGAAGGUUGAUUGCAUGGAGAUUGACGCAUCCAGAACAGCUGAUGGGAUGCUGGUUGCCAUACAUGACCGGGACCUGCAGCUGAUUACUGGCCGCAAAUACGUAACAACUGGGGACUUGACAUUGGAAGAGAUCCGGCAGCUUGACGCCGGAGCGCGGCAUCCCCGCUCGUUCCAUGGGGAGAAGGUGCUGCUUCUGGAAGACGCUCUGCGGCUAGUGUCGAAGCACUUGGUUCAGAUUGUGGUGGACGUCAAGAUCGGGCCGCCACGUGGAGAGGAAGGCCUGGCGCAAGACGUCGUGGAUGUGAUGAACAGGGCGGGCUGCACCAACUGCCUCGUGUGGGCCAAGUACGACACGCUCCCCCUCGCGGUGCAAGCGUUGGAACCCUUGCGAAAGGUCGGGUAUAUCCUAAACAACGAGACCCAUCCCAACCGGAGGGAGGAGAGCUUUGUGAGGCACGCGGGAAUGCAGGUUGUCGGGGCCCACUGGGCGGUCGUCGAUGAAACGCUGGUGAAACUAGCGCAAAGGCACAGCAAGGAAAUAUACACGUGGACUGUCAAUGAAGGAGGGAUAAUGCGUAAUCUGCUAGACAUCGGAGUUGCGGCGAUUGUGACGAAUCACCCUCGAAAGCUCAAAGGAGAGAUACACGCGGCACGAAAUGCAUGUAAAGAGGCCGGUUACGUAGUGUGACGGGAGCGUAUGGAAGCCUAUUGAAGAACGUUAAGAAGAGGUUUUCAUAUCAGUGUAAGGAUGUCAAACAAUGCGCCUUCUCACAAGGUAAGGCAUGGCAUUUCGAUAUUUGCUUGCACUUGAAUGAUCAGUGCAAAAGUGACACGUGUUUUCCUGCUUCAUGAUGGUCGAGCC